GCCCCCGGGGAGGGCCGAGGCCCUUUGGCCACCGCUCCCCUCCUCCCCCGACCCCUGUGCGACCCCCGCGGUGCAUGGGGUCUGAGCCCUGCGGGCCUCUGAUCCCCUCCUCCGCGUUCGCGCGGCCGAACCUGCAGAAACAGAGCUAGGGAGAAAGCGCGCUGGAGGCCGCUGUGCACCCCUUCCUGCAGGGCUCAGACUCGCCCUGUGAUGUGGGUUUAUUGCCUUGGCCUGAGGCAGGUGGCGGCUGCUUCUCUCGGAGUUUUCAAAGACAGGAAAAGUGAUGCCGAGUGGCUGAAGGUCACGGAGGACAGUGCCGGGAGCUGCAAAAUUUGGAGAUAAUUUGUUAACACGACAACACAUAACUAAUACAACAGUAUGGGGAAGGUAACAAGUGCUCUUCUUUUGCACAAACGGCGGCGUAUUGCUCUGAAGAGGCAGUGUACUAAGAAAAAUAAAGAAGAGGCUGCAGAAUAUGCUAAGCUUUGGGCCAAGAGAAUGAAGGAGGCUAAGGAAAAACGCCAGGAACAAAUUGUGAAGAGACGCAGACUUGCCUCUCUGUGAGCUUCUACUUCUAAGUUCUCGCUCCAUGGCCCAGGUUGGAGUGCAGCGGCUCCAUCUCGGCCCACUUCAACCUCCACCUCCCAGGUUCAAGCGAUUCUGUUGCCUCGGCCUCCCGAAUAGCUGGGAUUAUAGACACCUGCCAACAUACCCAGAUUUUGGCACUCAUUUUUCAAGUUUCCGACGAAACAUCUUGAAAUGUCCCUCUGUAGGCCUCAAAUAGUUAAGCGCCUCAGAAAUGCAUAAUUGAUUCUAAAGGUAAAGUCCGGAGAAGAAGCUGGUGAGAAAGACACAGGAGCCAGAUGCUGAAUGACGGUAAAUCGAAUCCUGGAGGGAACCAAACAAAACCCUGAAAACCUCCAGGAAUCUCAGAUUUCUUUCUCCAGGAAGAAAAAUGGCAUCCGUUGCAGUUGAUCCACAACUGAGUGUGGUGACUCGGGUGGUCAACCUGCCCUUGGUAAGCUCCACGUAUGACCUCAUGUCCUCAGCCUAUCUCAGUACAAAGGACCAGUAUCCCUACCUGAAGUCUGUGUGUGAGAUGGCAGAGAAGGGUGUGAAGACCAUCACCUCCGUGGCCAUGACCAGUGCUCUGCCCAUCAUCCAGAAGCUUGAGCCGCAAAUUGCAGUUGCCAAUAUCUAUGCCUGUAAGGGGCUAGACAGGAUUGAGGAGAGACUGCCUAUUCUGAAUCAGCCAUCAACUCAGAUUGUUGCCAGUGCCAAAGGUGCUGUGACUGGGGCAAAAGAUGCUGUGACGACUACUGUGACUGGGGCCAAGGAUUCUGUGGCCAGCACGAUCACAGGGGUGAUGGACAAGACCAAAGGGGCGGUGACUGGCAGUAUGGAGAAGACCAAGUCUGUGGUCAGUGGCAGCGUUAACACAGUCUUGGGGAGUCGGAUGAUGCAGCUCGUGAGCAGUGGCGUAGACAAUGCACUCACCAAAUCAGAGCUGUUGGUAGAACACUACCUCCCUCUCACUGAGGAAGAACUAGAAAAAGAAGCAAAAAAAGUUGAAGGAUUUGAUCUGGUUCAGAAGCCAAGUUAUUAUGUUAGACUGGGAUCCCUGUCUACCAAGCUUCGCUCCCGCGCCUACCAGCAGGCUCUCAGCAGGGUUAAAGAAGCUAAGCAAAAAAGCCAAGAGACCAUUUCUCAGCUCCAUUCUACUGUUCGCCUGAUUGAAUUUGCCAGGAAGAAUGUGCAUAGUGCCAAUCAGAAAAUUCAGGAUGCUCAGGAUAAGCUCUACCUCUCAUGGGUGGAGUGGAAAAGGAGCAUUGGAUAUGAUGAUACUGAUGAGUCCCACUGUGCUGAGCACAUUGAGUCACGUACUCUUGCAAUUGCCCGCAACCUGACUCAGCAGCUCCAGACCACGUGCCACACCCUCCUGUCCAACAUCCAAGGUGUACCGCAGAACAUCCAAGAUCAGGCCAAGCACAUGGGGGUGAUGGCAGGCGACAUCUACUCAGUGUUCCGCAAUGCUGCCUCCUUUAAAGAAGUGUCUGACGGCCUCCUCACUUCUAGCAAGGGGCAGCUGCAGAAAAUGAAGGAAUCUUUAGAUGAUGUGAUGGAUUAUCUUGUUAACAACACGCCCCUCAACUGGCUGGUAGGUCCCUUUUAUCCUCAGCUGACUGAGUCUCAGAAUGCUCAGGACCAAGGUGCAGAGAUGGACAAGAGCAGCCAGGAGACCCAGCGAUCUGAGCACAAAACUCAUUAAACCUGCCCCUAUCACUAGUGCAUGCUGUGGCCAGACAGAUGACACCUUUUGUUAUGUUGAAAUUAACUUGCUAGGCAACCCUAAAUUGGGAAGCAAGUAGCUACUUUAAAGGCCCUCAAUUAUGGUUGUUUCCGGUUGAAUUAAGAGCUUUAAAGUUUCUGGCAUUAGCAGAUGAUUUCUGUUCACCUGGUAAGAAAGAAUGAUAGGCUUGUCAGAGCCUAUAGCCAGAACUCAGAAAAAAUUCAAGUGCACUUAUGUUCUCAUUCAAUGGCCAUUGUGUUGCCUCUGUUGCUGUUUGUAUUGAAUAAAAACACCUUCAUGUGGGCUGGGGUAGAAGCUGCUGUCUGCUCUGGUAUGAUCUGAAAAGGCCUCCUCACUGCUUUAUCUCAUGAUGCUUGCUUGUAAAACUUGAUUUUAGUUUUUCAUUUCUCAAAUAGGAAUACUACCUUUGAAUUCAAUAAAAUUCACUGCAGGAUAGACCAGUUA